AUGGGGGAACAGGAGGAAGGGGGGAAGAAAAAGAGGGUGGUGGUGGAGUCCCUCGGAUGGCUGACGGAGUCCUCCAUCAUGCCGAAGAAGCACCGCGCUAUCGCUGGCGUGGGUGCCUCCUCGAUCCUCGAGCUCAAGGCGAGCUCUACAAGUCGCAAGAAGAGUCCAAACGUUCCAAGGAACUCUCCCACGCCUCCGACCAGAUCGGAUACCAGCGCGCCAAGAAAAAAAUUGCCCCUCGAGACCCUCUCGCUCUCAAGAAUUCCGGCGUGGAGGCUCGUGCUCUUAAGUACGCCCCUUAUGAUUAUUAUAUAG